AUGAGAUUUCUGCUCGAAGGGCCAAAGGACCGGCUGGACUCGACUCUCUGCUGGUCUCUUCGAGAGAGGGUGUUUCUUGGCUUUACUACGAUGAUGGCCGAUGGAAACGAGAACAGAUUGGAACAGGAGAGCAGAGGCUUCCAGACCAGCUGGAUGACUCCAUCAGUCCCGGAUCGGGAGAUCACUGGGGAACCGGUAGCGCAGACAUUGGCAAAAUUGGUGGUGACACGGGAUGGUAACGACGAGAUCCUGGUUUCUCUGUUCGGACCGCUGAAUCGCGACGAUGACGGUAAACCUACUGAUGUCAGUAAUCCCCUUCCAAUGGUGCUUAUCCUUUCGUUUACCUUUCUUUGA